ACUACAUUAGAUUUCGAGUUUGACGAUUAUGCUAAAUAUUUUUACUAGCAUAGAGAGAGAUAUUUACUGGAUAUAUUUGUAGCUUGGCGUUGUUUCCAUUUCCGAUUACAGACUUUAAUGCAAUUCCCCCUGAUCAUUAACAAACUUGAUGGUCAGAUAUUUGAAAAAAAGGAACUGAGAGUGUUUAUCAUUCAGAUUAAUAUAUGGAUUAUUCGGCGGAAAAUAUGGAUACCGACGACACUUCUGAAGAAGAUAUACAGAGGUUACUGGAGCGGACCAGACAGAGACGAGAGAUGCUAAACCAGAAGCUAGGGAAAACCCCAGAACCUAUGCCAAGGAAACGUGUGCUCGAAGAUAGCACCACCGAAAAUGUUGUGAUCAAAAGUAAAGAUGAAGAAUCCCCUGGGAAGAGACAAUGUCUAAGGGAGGAAGCUAUGCAGAUGAAAGCAGAUACACCGGCAAUCCUCGGUGUUAAGUCUCGCAUGCAGCAGAUUGUCAAGACCAGGGAUGAACAAGGUGAAACAUCUAUCUUGCCGGCAACAGGGAGUCAUGAGUCACCUGUCAAGGAGAACAAUGGAACUCGAUCAAGGAGAGGCAGAUUGGCCAAACUGGCUGCCAACAUCAAUAACUGGGAGGAUGAUCUGAGCCACCCAUCCAUCCAAAAAAAAGAGGAGAAGAAGCCUAAGUGGCAACCACCUAGGAUAGACUCUGGAUCUGAUAGUACUGGGUCUCCAGCCAGAUCACCGGUAAAAGCUCACAACCCCAGCAAGUCAGCUGCACCCCCACCUCCACCUCCUCCCCCAGUCAUCAGCUCACCUGCUGUUUCAUCUCCUAAAAGGACCACAGCCACCUCUGCCUCACCUGCCAAACAUGUGAGUCAGCAUUCAGUUAAGCUGAAUUCUCCAGCAAAGAACUCACAGACCAAGCACAAGAUUCGUCAGUUGGUUGACCAGGUUCCUGUCAAUGCUAAAGAUCAGACUGAUUUACAAGAGUGGGAUGAGGAUCCAACAGAAAAGCCCAUUAGAGAACGUUUGAAUUCAUGGAAAAAUGCAGAUACACCGAAGAAGAAAGCUGUGGAUCCGUCUGAAAAGCCCAUGUCUUCCAAACUGGCAACCUGGGAAAAGGUGUCUAGCACCCCAACCAAAACAGCAGUGGCUAAGAAGGUCCACCAACCCGCCCGGCAGAUGGCAACCCCAGUUUCAGAUAAACCACCUCUGCCGAGACCUGUGUCUGUAUCAAAACAGACAACAGAGAGCUCAGAACAGGGUGGGGAUCCUGCAUCCAGGCCUGUGUCAUCACGGAUGGCAUCUUGGCAGCAAAGAGUUGAUGAUGAGACACCUCAAAAGGAAGAGGAACCUACUGCCUACUCCGUGGGAGCCAGGAUGUCAGCGUGGGAGGACAUGUCAUCCAGUAACCAGGUUGCACACAUAAAAAAAGUUGAUCCUGGGGCCUGUUCUCCAACCAAAUCUCCUAUGAGAACACCUGCUCCUGUCAAUAAAACACCUGCUGCUAAAAAUAAAAACCUAACCCCACGCAAGAGCUUUAAGGACAGUAUUGUAGAGAAGGCAGGGCAGUUGAAGAAUUCUCCUGUCAAGUCUACACCUGUGAAAUCAACCUCGGUGAAAUUACAGCCAGGAGCUUCCCCAGGAAAGGUUGGCAGUGCAACCAAGAUGAUGCAGCAGCGCUUGUUGGAGCAGGCCCAGCACAGUAAGACGGACGACAUUGCAGACAAGCUGAGGAGGGAUAGGAUGAAUGAGUUGGCCAGCCUGCAGAACAGGUGGCAGAAUGGCAUGCUGAAGGAAGAUGUCCAACCGACGUCGCAAACUGACCAGAAUAAGCCUGUAGCUUAUGAGACCAAGUUGUCGGAAUCCGAGGAAGAGCCGUCAAAGGUUGAGGACAGACGUGAGGCCAUCAAGGCCCAAGCUAGGGCAGAUUUUGAAAGAAAACUUGCUGCAAUGGGAUUUGACAUUUCAGAGGACACAGCUUCCUACACUUUCACAAACAAGGACCAACCAAAGUCUGAAAGCCAGCCCCCGGCACGACCCCCUGCUCCCAAAACAGGGUCACAGCAAGGGCAGAGUAGUAUUUACAGACUGAUUUCACAGAAACGUGGUGGUAAUGAGAAACCAAAUGUGACCCGCAGUGAAUCCACAAAGCGUGUCCAGUUUGAAGAAGGUGAUAGUUUUGACAGUACAGAUGGAGAGGAUUUGGUUCCUCAGCGACAUCAGCACCCUCCUAUUAUGUCUACUGAAGAGGAAACGGAUGACAUGGACUACACAGACACACAGUCGGAGGGAACCACAACUCAGGAUGAGGAGGAAUAUGCUGCACAGAAAAACGAACAAGUAUUUAUAGACGAUGAAUCAGACAGUGAUGAUGUUAGUUUAAGUGCGUUUGUGCCCGCGUCUGUCCGUAGACAGAGUGUUCUCCCUCACCGACCGGAUGAAAAAGAGAGGCAACGCCAAGGCCAGCAGCAAAAGGUGCGUGAACCUGUUGCACCAGUGCCAGCCAGUGUGCGUCACCAAAGUACAACCAACUUACGAAGACUUGUGCAGGAGGAAAGUUCCAGCAGUCUGGAUAGUGAGAGUUCUGCCUCCAGUAGUCAGAGUUCCCUUGGUCAGCCACCACGGCGACAUGAUUACACAAAUGACUCGGAUGAGGGAGACGAGCAAGGUGUCAGCGAUCUUCUGGAUGAGGCAAUAGGUGCAGAGGAUGACACUGAUGAUGAGGUUGUGUACAGGCACAGACAACCAGUGGCUGCCCCUCGCCACCAUAGACACGAGAGCUAUGCUAUUGCCAACGACAGCCAACCUGUCUAUAGUGUUACCAGCUACAGAAACUCGCAGAACAUUGACUGGAGUUCAGAAGGGAAAAAGAAAAUUGUGAGAAAUAGGACAUACUCAGCAGAUGUGGUGGAGGAGGACAUCCAGAUGCCAACUAGCCUUCCAAGGGACAUAGAGAGCAAAUCUAUUAAGGAGAGGAUACAGGAAUUGCAUGAGCUGGUGAGCCAGGAGCAGAGUGUCAUAAUGCAGACGAGCAAUGCCCUGAAUCAGUGUUGUGCUGCCAACUCUCACUUUGCAGGCUCGGCAGAGCAGGUCGAGUGUCACCGACUGCUGCUUCUCUCAUGCCAGAAGCGACUUGCUUACCUGACUGAGGUACAGAGACUGAAGGAUUCUGGCCAACUGGACCCCCCAGGUACUGGACCAAAGGGCUCACUGACCAUCAGUGACAUCAGACUGCCCCUCAAGAAGGACUUUGUCACUAGGAUAGGCAGUGUGCAGGGUAGCUAUGAAGACAUUAAUGAGAACUGUUCUGGCAUUACAGAUAACACUGUACACUAUUUCCUGAUACUGAUACGGAACCACACACAGGUGAUCGUUACCCAGAUGUUGUCCACACAUGACCCUAUGAUGAGGGGCAGCCUUGACUUUCCAAACCUCAUCAAGAUACAUGGCAUAUCAGGCAGCUUCAAACUCUGUAUGGAGAUCUAUAGCAUGUCUGUUUCAAAAGAAUAUUCAGCAAAAGAUAAGAAAAGAAAAACACCAAAGAAAGCGCUGAAAUCGACUAGCAUUACAGGUCCAAGUCCAGGGGGUCCUACUGCCGUGAGAACAACCAGCUUUACUCUCAUCACCACAAUACCCAUCACCAUGAGACACCUCGACAAGAGCAGCUUCACAUUAGAAAGGAUACCCUACCUGUCACCUCUACACGGAACCAUUUAUAUGAGACUCAAGUGCUUGAUGGAACAAAAUGUGGAAGAGCGUGGAUUCCUGACAAUGUUUGAGGAUGUCAGUGGUUUGGGGGCAUGGCAUAGGAGAUGGUGUGUACUCACCGGUAACAAACUCUGUUGGUGGAAAUACCCCAACGACGAGACACGCAAGGAGCCAAUAGGAAUGAUGGAUUUGAAGCGAUGUAUAACAGAAAAGAUUGGCCUGAUUCCCCGGGAUGUCUGUGCCAGACCAAACACAUUUGAGUUGGCCACCGUACGACAGCCACGUAGGGGAGAACCAGACACACUGGUCACCAAGACUUACAACACCAUGACAACCACACGACACAGGCUGUCUGCAGACACGAAAGAGGAGAGGAUCAUGUGGUGUAACAAAGUUAAUAGAGCUCUGGCCAACAUACGUACCUGGCACUCGGACGCCAUGCGACCCAUCAAAGCUUCCAGGAAAAACUGAUCCAUUUUUUCAUCUGCAACAUUUUACACGCAUGUCUUUCAUCAUUCACCUUUAUCACAAAACAUGGUUGUUGGUUGCCAUGGUUGAUUUGUCAUUGUGUUCCAGUGCUAGAAAUAUGCCAAUUUUUACCAUGUUUUUUAGAUCAUAGUUUAAAUAAUCUGCCUAUCAUGAUAUUAUAUAAUUAAUUAUUACUGGUAUAAUGAUUAAUGUAUUACUCAGCUGAUUGAAGAUGUAUCUCCUAUAAUCUUGGUCAUGCAAGGGUUCAAGCAUACAAGCUUUUUAUUUAGUAUAUAUACAAGUACUUUUUCUGAUGUCAAAGUAGAUCCAUAUGUAUGUUUAUCAAGUUGGUGACACGUCAUACACAUGUACAAAGCAGUCCUUUUUUAUCUGUGAUUAUGUAUAUAGUUUAUGUAAUAGCACAUUUAACAAAUAACUGUUGUCCGACAAUGUUUUCCCUGUGAUUGUACAGUUUUGUCCUCUUCCUCCCCAAUAUCUUACUUCUUCCUUAUUCUGUCAUUACAUCUACUCUCUAAUAGUUAGCUGAAACCAGGUAUAGGUUGCUAUGGACUGAUUUAGUAUUAUAUAUGUUUAUAAAUUUUUAAAAACAUCUUUUUACUUUCAAUUUGUCUCUUCUAUCUUUUUUUCUGUCUUUCUAUUUGUGUCUAUCAUUACAGUAGUAAUGUGUGCAAUGUUUGUACCAGUUUUUGUAGCAUUGUAAUGUUGGUGUGUAAGGGAACAGUAACAAUAUUCCACUAAUCGACAUAUCAGGUUGGUGGAAGGUCCAUUUAUCAGCAUUGUAAAAUGUGUAUGGGUAGAAUGGUAGUUCACACUGAAUAACCUCAGUUUAUCAUGUGUUUGAUUUAACAUAAUGUUUAAUAUUUUAGUAUCAACAAUAAAAAAUUCAAACAUUUAUGCUGCAACAUGCUUUGGUUGUUUGAACACUAGGAAAACUUUGUCUUCCCAUGUCAGAGGAAUGCCAACAUACAUAUCUCUCAUUUACCUUUACUGAUUUUGAUUAAAAUAGAAUGCUUUAGAUAUCAAACAGGUCUGAAUCUAGGAUGUGUCAACAUUUUGUAAUAAUUGAGCCAACAUUGUUGAAACAAGUAUAUUUUGGUAAAACUUAAAUAUAUAUAUCUAUAAAUAGAAUUAUUGUGACAUCUGCAAUAUAGAUUAGACGUACAUUUAUGUCGUGUUUCAAAGUAAUUCGCCCCAGACUCAACUGUUCACUGCUCACAACUUUAUAUAUAAUAAGCCAUCAUUAUUCAGGCUCUAUACAAUCUAUAAAACUAACUUAUUAACCUAUGAUUAGAUAGACAGGUACUAAAAUGAGCACUGGUCUUAGUCCUCAAUUCAAACCUGAAUGUGGAAAAGAUGUAUUUCUAGAUAUGAUCCUCAUUCCUGAAAUCUGUUUAUUAUAAAGGGGUGAGCUUAUCAUACUAAGGCCAUCAGCUGGUUUAAUAUGAAGAAAUGGCUGGAUCAUUGUGCUCAUAAAUGUAUCAUGUUUAGUAUUGAAUAAAAUAGUUUAAACCAACCCUGAAUAUAUUACUUGAAAAAUAGGGUUUAAAUAGAGUACUAACUGACUUUGCAGUUAAACAUGAGUUGAACAGUUGUGACCUGAUGGGGUGUAUGUACUGCAGGUAAUUAUAAAUAUAAUCUGUGUAUCUUCUAAAAGGCACGCACCGGUGUGUUAUGAACAGUACAGCAUUUCUCAACUGAGAAAGAACGAAAGAAAGAAAAAUAUGUUUGGGAUUAGAUUUUGAGUUGAUGAAUCGGUUUCCAUACUUGAAUGAGGCUCUUGCCACUAACUGCAGGAAAGUUAAUUAGUGAAUAGUGAAGGAGUCUGAAUAACAUGUGUAAGAUCUACAUAUUUUUGUUAUAGAAUUGUAAUUUAUUAAUAUUAGAAAGAUUGAUGAGUGUGUAGCUCAUGUGCCACAGGUUUUCUAAUAAAUGUUUUAACAGACA